UUCCUGCUAAAGUGACAUGCAGGGUUCACCUUCUGAAACUCUCCUUCCUGGAAUUGUUCUGCAUUUAUGUACAACAUUUAUAUGAAGAAAACAGCUUUGCAUCAAAAGGAAUGACCUUUCUGGUGCAGCAUGCUCCCUUGUGCAGAAGCUUACAAAGGAAAGUAGUUUAUUGUCACCAUAGAUGCUGAGGCCUUCUCUAAAUAUCCCUUUAGGAAGCCCAUAAAUAAGCUACUCUUGUUUUUACUGGCUUCUGGAACGGCAUCUCUAAGAACCAGAGCAGGGAUUAUGCUGAUAUAGCUGGCAGGUCUUGGAGGAUACUAAAGCAACUCCCUUUCUGUGAGCCAAAAUGGAUGACCCUUAUCAAAAUAAUGUGCAAGGCAUUGAAGGAGAAACCUACCCCACCUAUGGAGAAGGGGGUCAGGAUGGUUAUCCCUACCAGUCUGACUACCCUGCCCAGGAGGAGGAUGCAGCCAGCGACGUCACCGAGGGUCACGAUGAGGAUGAGCAGAUGUAUGAGGGUGAAUACCAGGGCAUCCCUCACCCGGACGAGAUCAAGGAGGCCCGUCGAGCUGCCCGCCGGGAGGCCAGGAUGAAGGCCAAACUAGCAGCCUUGGAAGAGGAGGAGACGCUGGCAGAUCAAUAUGAGAGCAUCAUGGAGGACUGCGGACAUGGGCGUUUCCAGUGGACGCUCUUCACCGUGCUGGGCCUGGCGCUCAUGGCCGAUGGCGUGGAAUGCUUCGUGGUGGCCUUCGCCCUGCCCAGUGCUGAGAAGGACAUGUGCCUGUCUAAUGCCAACAAGGGCCUGUUGGGCCUGAUCGUGUAUGUGGGGAUGAUGAUGGGAGCAGUCUUGUGGGGGGGUCUGGCUGAUAAGCUCGGACGCCGCCAGUGUCUCCUCUAUGCUCUGGCCAUCAACUGCAUCUUCUCUUUCCUCUCCUCCUUCGCCCAGGGCUACGGCUUCUUCCUCUUCUUCAGACUCUGCUCUGGAAUUGGAAUAGGUGGCUCUGUCCCCAUUGUGUACACGUACUAUGCGGAGUUCCUGCAGAUGGAUAAGCGGGGGGAGCAUCUGAGCUGGCUGUGUCUGUUCUGGAUGCUGGGCGGCCUGUACGCUUCCUUCACCGCCUGGGGAAUCAUCCCUCAUUAUGGCUGGGGUUUCAGUAUGGGCUCUGAGUUCCAGUUCCACAGCUGGAGGGUGUUUGUGCUGGUGUGCUUCCUGCCCUCAGUGGUUGCUCUUGCUGGACUUGUGUUUAUGCCCGAGAGUCCUCGCUACCUGCUGGAGAAUGCCAGGCAUGAUGAGGCCUGGAUGAUCCUGCGGCAGGUCCACGACACCAACUGGAGGGCGAAGGGCGAACCAGAGAGAGUGUUUGAAGUGUCCCAGAUCAAGACGCCCCACACUCAAGAUGACGAUUUCAUCGAGAUUCAGAGUGAGACCGGCACUGCCUUCCAGAGAUUCAUGGUCAGGCAAAUGACCCUCAUCAAACAGGUGAUGAAGAAUUUGCUGUCUCUCGCCGCCCCCGAACUGAGACUGCCUGGCUUGUUCAUUGCUAUUGUUUGGUUUACGAUGGCCUUCAGCUACUACGGUCUGUCAGUGUGGUUCCCUGACCAGAUCAAGUAUCUGCAGUAUGAAGAGUACGAGCUCAAUGCCAAGGUGUUCCAUCGUGAGAAGGUCGAACGUUUUCAUUUCAACUUCACUCUGCAAAAUCAGGUUCACAGAGAGGGAGAAUACAUCCAUGACAGGUUUGUCGGCAUAGAGAUCAGAAACGUGAAGUUUGAAGACUCGCUGUUUGAAAACUGCUAUUUUGAGGACAUCAAGUCCACAGACACCUUCUUUGAGAACUGCACCCUACAGAACACUAUGUUCUACAACACCGACUUGUGGAAAGAUUCAAAGUUCAUUGACUGCAAGUUUGUCAAUGUUACAUUUCAUCAUCCAAAGAAAGGCUGCCAUCUGAACUUCCAGGAGGAGAACGAUGUCCUGAUUUACAUAGUGAGCUUUCUGGGCAGCUUAUCUGUGUUGCCCGGCAACAUCAUAGCAGGUCUGCUAAUGGAUAAGAUAGGACGAAUCAAAAUCAUAGGUGGCUCCAUGCUGGUGUCCUCUGGCUGUACCUUCUUCCUGCUCCUCUGCUUUAACCCGGGCGCUGUAAUAACCUUCCAGUGCCUCUUCUAUGCAGCGUCUGCAGCAGCUUGGAAUGGAAUAGAAGUGAUAACAGUGGAGCUCUAUCCAGCAUCAAAGAGAGCGACUGCUUUCGGCGUGCUAAACGGUUUGUGCAAGUUGGCUGCCAUCAUCAGCAUCUUCAUCUUCUCCAAGUUUGUGGGGAUCACUAAGAUCGUUCCCAGCCUGCUGGCCUUCUCAGCACUGGUGUGUGGAGGGCUGCUGUCCUUCAAGCUUCCAGAGACACGUGAAGUCAUCCUCCAGUAAAAACAACACCAGCAAACAAUCCCACAAACAAAAAAAAAGCCAAACUUCUCAAAUGUUAAGGCCUCGUAGCAGCGCUUGGUCCAGCUGGAAACUGGAUCUUCUCAUGCCCAGAAAAGUGAAAGUGUGGGGGCAGAUGUUGUUUAUGAUCGUGUAAAGUUAAAAUGAUGUUUACUUUUGAUUAGUUUAUUAGUUAAUGAGGUCAGAUUUAGUGUUUCCACAGCAUUUUACUGUCCAUUCACUGUUUUUUUUUAACCAGAGCCUGAGCUUUGGCGAUAUUGUCUUGUUCAUGAUAACGUCUGGUUGGAAAGGAGUGAGUGUGAGAUAUCAAAAAACAUAUCAGUGUAUUUUUUGUUGUGGAUUAGAAUCUCACUCAGAAGUACAGUUCUGAAGUCAGAGGCCACCUUCAUUUAUACAGGCAUUUGGCAAGACCAAGACCAGGAAUAUAUGUACACACACCUCACACACACACACACACACACACACACACACUCCUCACUCUCUCUGUCUCUCUAUAUCUAUCUAUCUACUAUAUAUUUAUAUCCUUCAUUCUAUAUUGGCAAGUUUAAUUCCAUAUAUUUAAGAUAAAAUUACACAGAAGCCUCAAAAAUGUAAUGUAUUUUCUCACUAUUUAGUGUGUCCACUAUUUACCUUUAUUAGAUUGUCCAUUCUUUUCAGGAGGCUCACUUUCAGUUUUCUAAACAAACCUGCAGGGAGAUAUUUUUCACACUUCCAAGUUCAGUCAUAGAGGUUGGUUUGACCUUCUUCCAUGAUGGUGACGUCUUUCUUUAUGCAAGUAGAGGUCCAGAAAUGAAAUAAAUGACUGGUGCUCUCUGACUUUUUUACUGUACAUUUACAGUUAUGACCAGACAACCGAAUCUGUUGACCUGCUGACUUGUUUUCUGUUGUAUUUGUUUAUUACUAUAGCACAUGUAUAUUUUUGCUGUAGUUUAUGUGUUUGAUCUAUGGACAGAUUAAUUCCUGUUUCAUUGUAUGUCCGUCCAUUUCAUGGCAAUUUAAAAAUCACCCAAAGAGUAUAAGACAGCAAAGGCAGUAAAAGGCCUCAUUUGUAUUCAGUAUGCGUAUGACCAACAUGCUCAUUUCCUGAUUCAUAAUUAAAAUAAGAAUUCCCAUUAACAUAACUGUACCUAUAGUUUAUGUUCUACAUUUCAUUACGCAUGAAAGCAUUUUAUCAGGAUUCUGAUUAGAGGUAAAGUUUCUGUUUAAGAAUAAGAAAAUUUCACCAGAAAGUGAUUUACUACAUUACUUGAGCUUUAAAUGAAAACAUAAACAAACAUAUUUAAACCAAAACCAUUAACCCUUAAUGUACAGGGAGUGUACAACACAUGGAGUACUCAUGCUCAUAGGCACACUUUGGAGGUUUACAUUGACAGACUGUCAGUACCUGUAAACCUACAAAGUGCACUUGUGUGGUAGGAGUUUUUGAUCAGAUAUUUAGAGUAUGAGUAUUUCAUAUGUCUUUACUGUUAUUUUGUACAUCACACGUUUUAUACGCUGCAAAACAUAGUAUCUUGUGAAGGGAAAUAAUCUCAAAUCUAGUCACUAUGUCUAUUUUUUCUCAUUUUGAGAUGGUUGUGUGCUUACUAUAAGAUUAUCUAGCUUAAUUCUGAACAUUAUUUAUGUGUUUUAGGUGAUAUUAUUAAGUUAAAAUAUAUAUCUUACUAUACUGGCAGAUAACUUUACUACACUCUCAGAAAUAAAGGUAGUAGAUUGUCACUGGGGUGGGACCCUCAAGG